AUGGACCCACCCAAUCCGAAACAGUCGGACUCAAACUUCUCUACCCUCAACGAAGUCGACGGCGUUACUGAGCAAACCCCUGAUCUCGAAAAGCAAGCAACAGAGCAAGCCACCGAGGCACCGGUCCCAGCCACGAAAUUUCCCGAAACAGACCUCGACCAGGGCAUCGUCGGCUGGGACGGCCAAGAUGACCCAAGCAACCCCCAGAAUUUUACCAACAGCAAGAAAUGGGCCUUGCUUGCCCUCAUCAGCGCCAUGACCCUCAUCUCACCCCUCGCCUCGAGCAUGUUCUCCCCAGCAAUUCCCUACAUGGCAGCCGACUUUGGCGAAGCAAAUGAGACAAUCCUGUCUUUCAGUGUCAGCAUCUAUCUCCUCGGAUAUACAUUCGGCCCCCUCUUCCUAGCCCCCCUGAGUGAAAUCUACGGCCGCCGCAUCGUCCUCAGCGCCGCAAACUGGUUCUUCGUCGUCUGGCAAAUCGGCUGCGCCCUGGCACAAAACAUCGGAACCCUCAUCAUCUGCCGUCUCUUUGCCGGGAUUGGCGGUUCGGGUUGUAUCACUCUCGGAGCCGGCGUCAUCGCCGACAUGUUUCCCCGCGAGAAGCGCGGUACAGCAACAUCCAUCUGGGCCUUGGGACCCCUGCUUGGUCCCGUAAUUGGUCCCAUUGCCGGUGGGUUCAUGGGCGAGACUGUUGGCUGGCGCUGGGUUUUCUGGCUGUUGCUUAUUGCCGGUGGUGCGUUUUCCACUGGGGUGGAGGUUUUCAAUAAGGAGACCUAUGCCGUUGUUCUUAUCCGCUGGAAGACGGAGAAGUUGGGCAAGGAGCUUGGUCGGACGGAUUUGACGAGUGCUUAUGAUACGGAUAAGGAGCCGGCAUCUGUUAAAGAUGUUCUUGGGAAGAGUCUCAAGAGGCCUUUUAUCCUGUUUUUCACGUCGCCCAUUGUCUUCCUUCUGGCUACCUACAUGUCCCUGGUCUACGGUCUUCUGUACCUCUUCUUCACCACCAUCUCCGACGUCUUCACCAGCGUAUACGGCUUUUCGGUUGGACUUUCAGGACUGGCCUACCUAGGCAUCGGACUCGGCUUCCUAGGCGGCGUCACCGUCAACGCGACGACAAACGACCGCAUCGUUGGGAAGCUCACAGCACGGAACAACGGGAAAUUCGAACCCGAAAUGCGCCUCCCAAUGAUGAUUUUCUUCUCUUGCGUCCUGCCAGUCAGCUUCUUCUGGUAUGGCUGGACCGCCGACAAGCACGUCUUCUGGAUUGUGCCCAUCAUCGGAAUGUUCCCCUUCGGAUUUGGCAUGAUGGGUGUGUACAUGCCGAUCCAGACUUACAUCAUCGACUGUUACCCGGCGUAUGCGGCGUCCGCGAACGCUACGCUGACGGCAUCCCGGUCGCUUGUUGGUGCGUUGCUACCCCUGGCUGGUCCGAGGAUGUUUGAUGUCCUUGGGCUCGGCUGGGGCAACUCGUUGCUCGGCUUUGUGGCGUUGGCGUUUGUUCCGCUGCCCAUUGUGUUUACGAAGUGGGGCAAGAUCAUUAGGGAGAGAUGGCCCGUUAGCCUUGAUGACAAGAAGGCUUGA